AUGAGAUCAGUGGUAGAAUUUAUUGUUUCAAAUGGCAUUUGUCAAAAGAACGAGGAAAUAACACCGAGAUAUGCAAAAAAUGCCGUGCAGAUGUCUCAUAUCAGGCAAAGCAAUCUUUUGAAGGGAUUGCUGAAUAAGGCCAAAAAGGCAAGAAUUGGGGUUGAACUAGGUUCUACUUCUACAAAUCCUAGGAUGCACGAUUUGGGUGAGGAUGGUGAAGAUGGGAGUUUUAGGGAAUCUGGGUCGACACAUAAUUCUAUAGCACGUGGACCAAACACAGGUGGAGGAAACACUAAUGCUUUCUUCCAACCUCAUACCACACCGGGAUCACAAACCACUUUGGAGAGUACAGGAUGGAGGAAAACUGUCACUGAACAAGCAAAGAAGGCAAUUGCUAAUUAUUGGUACUCUUCUCACACGACAUUCCAUGCUUCCAGAAAUCCAUAUUGGCAACCCAUGGUGGAUGCUAUUGCAACUGUAGGUCCUGGGUUUCAAGCCCCAUCUUGUGAAUCAUUGAGGGUUGGUAUGCUGAAAGAUGCAGUAGAGGAUGUUCAAGAUGUUGUUAAACAACAUCGAUUGCAGUGGGCUAGAACUGGUUGCCGCAUCAUGUCAGAUGGUUGGACAGAUAGAAGGAACCGAACUCUCAUUAACUUCCUUGUCUCUUGGCAACAAAAUGUGGUUCAAUUUAUCAUAGACAAUGCUGCUGCUUGUGUUGCUGCAGGGAGACUUUUGACAGAUAAAUAUCCUUCCAUGUUUUUUACACCAUGUGCAACACAUUACCUUGAUUUAACCCUAGCGGACAUUGGAAAAUUUGAAUGGGUUAAGGCAGCAUUUCAGAAAGCUCACAAGGUUACCAAAUUUGUUUAUAAUCACACAAGGGUUUUGGCUAUAAUGCGCUCUUUCACAAGAGGCAAGGAGCUAGUUCGACCCGGAGUGACAAGAUUUGCAACAUAUUUCCUUGCAUUACAAACAUUAUGUGAAGAAAAAGGUAAUUUGAGGCGAAUGUUUGUUUCAGCUGAGUGGAUGGAGUCUGAUUUCACAACUCAAGCAAAUGGCAUAGCAGUGGCAGAGUAUAUGUAUUCUACCACAUUUUGGGAAUCUAUUGAACAGAUUGUAGAAUUUUCAAAGCCUUUAGUAAAAGUUUUGAGACUAGUGGAUGGGGAUAAACCCCCCAUGAGAUAUGUGUAUGAGGCCAUGGAGGUGAUAAGGAAUAAGCUGGAAAAUAAUAGGGAUAGGGAAAUACUAAUUUCUACAUGGGCAAAAUCAGGAACUAUUGAAGAAUGCUUGCCAAUUGACCUCGAUGAGAUAUAUCCCGAGUGCGAGUUGCUUGCUGCUAAUGAUGCUGAUGAUGAUGAUGAUGAUGAUGAUUAUGUUGUUGUUGAUCGUCCACUUGUGUUUGAAGAUUUUGAUAUCAUGAGGCAAGCCAACUUUCGUCCUGAAUGGGUUGAAGAAAUUAGGACAGGCUCUUACCUAGGAGCUUCAUCAUCAGGGCCUCCUGCCCUCUAG